CGAUAGCUAGCUAGAGACGGUUUAAAAGUGAAGUGUUUAUAUAAAGUGUUUUAGUAAUGAAGAAAGAAAAAGAUAAUGGAACUGAACUUCCAGAAAAACCAGGAUUACAUGCAACCAAAAAUGGACAACCGAAAAAAGGGGAGAAAUUAACAUUUUCACAACAGACAGUAAAGUUUAUAAAUAACUUACCUCACUACAUAAGAAAGGCAUUUGCUUUCUUUACUGUGGAACCAUUUUUAAUAUGCUUUGUGUUACCAAAUAUUGUAUCAGCUCUAGCAGUACAAAAAUUAAAUUUGGAAAAGGCUUGCCGUGUAGAUUUGAACUACUCAGAAGAAAUUUGCACCAAAGUUAUAUCUGGCAACGCAGACGAUAAUAUAACUAUAACUGCUUUGAAUGAAGCAUCAGUAAUGAAUGCAGACAUGACAGCUUGGAAGCAACCUUUACAGAGCGGUAUUCCUGCUCUCAUGAUCUUGUUCGUCGGAGCCUGGAGCGAUAGAACUGGAAACAGGAAAGCUUUGAUGCUCAUACCUCUUAUAGGGGAAUUGCUAUCCGCAAUAGGAUUGGUUUUAGCGACGUAUUAUUUCCUAGAAUGGCCGUUAUGGAUCACAGCGUUGAUUGAAGCAUUACCUCCAGCAUUUUGUGGCGGAUUGUCCAUAGCUCUUAUGGGCUCAUAUAGCUAUAUGGCUGACGUAACAAAUCUGGAAAAUCGUACAUUCAGAAUUGGUAUAGUCGCUGUAAUAGUUACAUUAUCUGUGCCUAUAGGAUCAGCUAUCAGUGGAGUUUUGACAGAAGCUAUUGGUUAUUAUGGAAUCUUCGGAAGCAAUGUUAUAAUGUUUAUUAUUGGCUUCAUAUAUACAUACUUCACAGUUCAUGAUGUUAAGAAAGUUGAAACUGAAGGAACGUUUCUAGAGAAGCUGAAAUUGUUUUUCCAUCCAAACAAUGUAUGGGACACUAUUUCUUUGGUGGUGAUGUCUAGGGGAAGACGGCUAAUUCAAUUGCUUCUAGUUAUUUGGGCACAUAUUGUUAUAAUAGGACCUGUUUUCGGUGAGGGGAAUAACAUUUAUUACUACGCUCUCAAGAAAUUCAAUAUGGAUAUUGUUGACUUCAGUCUCUAUUCGACAUACUCUACAGUUAUGGGAAUAAUUGGAACAAUGGUAGCAGUAACAGUAUUCAGCAAACUACUCAAAUUUCACGACGCAAUACUGGGCAUUAUAGCGACUACGUGCAAAGUCGUUUCAAGUUUCGUCUUUGCGUUUGCGCCGACACGAGAUUGGUUCUAUGCAGGACCGGCUUUCGACAUCUUUGGAAAUUCUGGAGUUACUGCAAUUAGAUCUUUGGGUACAAAGGUUGUAGAGCCUGAAGAAGUUGGUAAAAUUUGUUCCCUGAUUGGAUUCGUGGAGGCUGUGGCGCAAGCCGUAUAUUCGCCAAUAUACAGCAAAUUGUAUGCCAACACAGUGGAGACUUUCCCUGGAAUGUUUUAUAUUUUGGGAGGAAUUAUGACCAUACCCGACUUCUUUAUAUUCAUAACCAUAUACAUAUUCUACAGAAAACAACAGAGAGAUGUGGUAACGAAUCCUGAUGCUAAAGAAAUGUAUGCACAUGAAAAUGCAGUCACCGCACUUUAAACAUUGUACAGUUUUAUUUAAUUUAAUUAUGCAAUUAGAUUUAUUGUUAAAGAUUUACUGUAAUUACCAAUAAAUUAACAUAAGUAAUUUCGUUAUAAUAUUGUUAUUUAGGUAAAUAUAUUUUGAUUGAUUUCACAUGUAUAUUAUACACGUACAUUUAAAACAUCGAAACAAUGUACUUUAUAGCCUGAAUGUUUUAUGUGAAUUAAAAACUCUUUAUUGAUAAAUACGUAAUAAG